AUGAGGUGCUUCUACGCGAUUCCAUUCCUUUAUUUGGGACUUUUUGCGCUGAUCGACGCUGAGCCGAUCCGAAAAAUCCGACAAUCGAACAACUGUGGUUGUUACCAAGUUCAGCAAAAUAAUCAAUGCUCUUGUCAGCCAACGACACAGUCUCCCAACUAUUGUCAAUGUGUUCCAAUUCAAACGACAACCACUACGACCACACAAGCUCCGUGCUAUUGUCAGCCGAUCACCACUCCAGCUCCACAACAACAACAGCAAUGCAACACUUGUCAGUCUCAAUGCAUCACUCUUUGCAUUCAACUUCAGCCCCUUCAACAGUGCGCCGAUCAGUGCUCGACUGCUUGUCAACCCGUCUGCAAUCUUCCCACCCCACCACCAUAUGUGCCCCCAACGACGACUUUCGCUCCGAUCACCAACCCUCCACAGCAGUGCCAGUGCCAGCAGCAAUGCCAGCCCGUUUGCCAGCAACAACCCGCACAAUGCUACCAAUGUCAAUUAACAUGCCAAGCUGUGUGCACGACAACGACCACGACCACGACUCUCCCGCCGACUCUCGCGACUCAGGCUCAAUGUCAGCCACAAUGCACAAAUAUCUGCCUCAAUAUCUGUGUCCAAUUCCCGGCUCAAUGCGGUCAAUGCCAUCAGACUUGCUGUGAUCAGCCGACAACCACGACAACGACCACGACGACCCCUCAAUGCCAGCCCAUGUGCCAGCAACAAUGCCAACCAAUUUGCCAACAACAGCAAUCCGCUUGUCAACCAUGCCAAGCCGGAUGCCAGGCUGCCUGCCAAGGAGCAAUCCAACCCACCACUGCUGCCCCAACUGUUGUUCAGGUGACUCUUCAAAUCGCGCAAGGAAACGAAUGCGUGCCUCAAUGCCAAUCAUCUUGUCAACAGCAGUGCACCUCGCAAGGACAAGCUCAACAACAAUGUCAGCCAGCCUGUCAGGCCUCGUGCCAAAGCGCUUGCCAGCCAGUGACCACUGCUUGCCAACCAUCAACUUCUAUCCAACAGUACCAGCAACCCCAACAACAACAACAAUGCCAAUGCCCGACCAACUAUCAGACAUGCAACAACGGAACAAGCUGCUGUCUCCGUAAACGAAUCAAGAAGAUGAAGAUGAGAAUC